AUGUCUUCACCAAUCUCCUCCGCCGCCGCCGUGAACCACCCAUCUUCUGACUCCUCGCCAACGUCAGAUAUUCGAGACAUCCCCGGUGGCUAUGGCGUCCCAUUUUUCGGGCCGAUAAAAGAUCGUUUAGACUACUACUAUGGCCAAGGUGAAGUUGAAUUCUUCAGGGCCCGAAUGAAAAAAUAUAACUCCACUGUUUUCAGGUGCAACAUGCCACCAGGCCCGUUCAUGGCCAAAAAUCCACAAGUCGUAUGCCUUCUCGAUGCAAUUAGCUUUCAGAUCCUCUUCGACAAUUCCAAGGUCGAGAAGCAAAAUGUUCUUGACGGGACUUACAUGCCCUCCACCGCCUUCACCGGCGGCUACCGGACUUGUGCUUAUUUGGAUCCAUCCGAGCCCAAUCAUGCAGUUUUAAAAGGUUUUUUCAUAUCUCAACUUGCUAAAUUACACAGCAAAUUCAUUCCGGGCUUUCGACAAUCCAUUUCUGGGCUGUUUACGAGCCUUGAAGAAGAAUUGUCUAAUAAAGGAAAAGCGAAUUUCAAUUCAUUGAAUGAUAUCAUGUCGUUUGAUUUUGUUUUCCGUUUAUUUUGCGAUAAGAAUCCAUCUGAAACUCCUCUCGGCCCGACCGGAGGCCCGAAACUAGUUGACAAAUGGCUGUUCUUCCAGCUUCAUCCAUUGAUCAGUCUUGGAUUGAAAUUUGUCCCACAUUUCUUAGAAGAUUUAGUUUUACAUACAUUUCCACUCCCUUUCGGGCUUAUAAAAUCAGAUUACAAAAAACUUUAUAACAGUUUUUAUAAUUCUGCCGGCUCGAUUUUGGAUGAAGCUGAGAAAAUUGGCAUGAAAAGAGAUGAAGCUUGCCACAACUUAGUUUUCCUAGCAGGUUUCAAUGCAUACGGCGGAAUGAAAGCCCUUUUUCCAGCUUUAAUCAAAUGGGUCGCCAUCGCCGGAGAAGAUUUGCACCGCCGUCUGGCGGCAGAGAUCAGGGCGGUUGUUAAAGAAGAAGGUGGUGUCUCUGCCGCAGCACUGGAGAAAAUGAGCCUAACAAAAUCAGUUGUUUAUGAAGCACUGAGAAUUGAACCAGCUGUUCCUUAUCAAUAUGGAAAAGCAAAACAGGAUAUUAUAAUCAAGAAUCAUGAUUCAAAAUUCUCGAUCAAGAAAGGUGAGAUGAUCUUUGGGUAUCAACCAAUGGCAACCAAGGACUCUAGGGUUUUUGACAAGCCCGAGGAAUUCGUGGCCGAGAGGUUCAUGUCCGAAGGGGAGAAAUUGAUAGAAUAUGUUUACUGGUCCAAUGGGAGAGAAACUGAUGAUCCAACGGUAGAUAACAAGCAAUGCCCUGGUAAAGAUUUGGUCGUGUUACUGUCUAGGCUUAUGCUUGUGGAGUUUUUUCUCAAGUAUGAUACAUUUACUGCAGAGAUAGGGAAGUUAUUGUUGGGUUCAUUAGUCACGUUUAAGUCAUUAACGAAGGGUACUUGA